AGAAUCUCUAGACUGAACACUUCUCGAAAUGCCCCGUGACGCAGACUUCCUCAGCCCACGCGAGCUGCUGGUAAAUGAUGGGUUUGUUUGCAAGCUUGCUUCAUUUCGGAAACUGGGGGACCUCUGCAUCAGGAAUCAGACUCUGCCCGAUUCUGACGACAGCCUGAUGCAACAAGCUGGCUUUGAAGAUAAAGCCUAUAAUGUGGUUCUUCCGUCUUACUUGCAGCCGAUCCCUAUUCAAUUCCAGACGGUCCGGCAAGUCGCUCUUAACCUCUAUGAGCAGUACAACUAUACCGCCACUGUGUGCAGUACCGCCUUACAACUUUGUUCUGCCGCGCCGGACGAUUACAACAAGAUAUUCCAGGACAUGGAGGCAUUGAGACAAGACCCCGACGACGACAACGCUCGGGACAAGGUCCAAAGAGAGAUCAAUGAUCGAAAGUACCAAAUCGACAUACUUAAAGAUCAGGCUGACGCCUGGAGCUCGUAUCUCAGAACUUACAGCCUAAAUGCGGAGGAUUGUGAGACCAAUGUGCAUCAACUGGCUGCGCCUUUCCAGGGAACGACCUUGGCCGACAUAUUGAAAGAUGAGAUAUCCGAUCCCGAGUACCUCCAAAUGGACCUUGAUGCUCUGGAUUGGACUAGGAAUCUGCUCGAGAGUUUUGCCAUGAUCGAUGACUUGCAGGGUUCACUUCAGGAGGCCCAGAAGAUGGCUGGAGCUGCAUACCUUAUUGCGGACGAUAUAGACGUGCUGCUGAAGUAUGUCGAGGAUCACCUUGAUCCGGAUGAUAAUCCUUUAGAUGGCCUGGUAGAAGCGACCCUUCUGCGAAAAUGGAAUAACCUGGAGAAAGACGUCAAUGAUUUCCUGGAUGCAUACAAACAGUAA